CAUUUGCGCUCACGUCACCCUUACAAACAAGUCUAAUAUCCGGGGGGCCAGCGACGAUGCUGUGGAGCUUCGUAAUGGUCUCAGUCUUUACAUUAACAAUGGCCUUGUCUAUGGGCGAAAUUUGUUCGAAAUAUCCAGUAGCCUCAGGAACUUACUUCUGGACUUAUCAAUUGGCACCUUCGAAAUACCGCUUGUUAUUCUCAUGGAUUGUCGGGUGGCUUGUGACAGUGGGUUAUUGGGUAGUGACUGUUUCCGUGACCUUUGGGACGAGCCAACUAGUAUUAGCUGGAGCGAACAUUUACCUCCCACAGUGGGAAGCCACUGCAUGGCAAACUUAUCUUAUAUUCGCUCUCGUUGUAUUACUCACGACGGCCGUCGCAAUCGUAUUUGACCACUCAUUACCUUUCCUAGACAGUAUAGCAGCCGCCUGGAACCUCCUGGGGAUCAUCAUUAUCGUGGUCAGUCUAUCAGUCAAGGCUUCCGCAGGACGUCACUCAGCCAAGUACGCUUUAACUCAUUUUGACGCCUCGCAAUCUGGAUGGACACCGGGUUGGGCUUUCUUCAUCGGAAUGCUGCCAGGAGCAUACACAUUUCUCGGAGUUCCUACUAUCGUGACCAUGGGUGAAGAAAUAUUCAAUCCGUCGAUUAAUCUGCCAAAAGCGAUUGUGUGGGCGGUUCCAACAGGAUGUCUGCUUGGCGUCGUGUUUCUCCUUCCAAUUCUGUUCACAUUGCCAGAUAUCGCAGUCUUGUUAGCAGCCCCAGAAGGACAACCCGAAGCUUUGGUAUUUGAGCUCAUAAUGGGAUCCAAAGCUGGUGGUUUUGGAAUGUGGUUCAUCAUAUUCGGACUAACAGUACUGUGUGGUCUCUCAGUCACCUGCGCCACCUCUCGCGCAACUUGGGCUUUCGCCCGGGACAAAGCCAUUCCCUUCCAUCAUAUUUUUGCCCGCUUAGGUCGCGGUCGAUUAUCAGACACACCUGUCAACGCGUACCUCCUCUCAGCUGUCAUCCAGCUUGCCCUCGGGUGCAUCUACCUUGGGUCCACGGCGGCAUUCAAUUCUUUCAUUGCUGUGUCAAUCAUGUGUUUUGGUUGCAGUUGCGCUAUACCGAUUUUGUUACUACUCGCAAGGAGACGAGAGCCUGCUCGAGAUGUUCCAUUCUCAUUGGGGGUAUGGGGAUAUCCGCUCAAUGUGCUCGCGGUGCUUUGGAUAGCUUUUGAAAUGGUCAUCGUAUCCAUGCCGGUAUCGCUUCCUGUACAGCCCUCUGACAUGAAUUAUGCAUCUGCAGUAUUUGUAGGGUUCAUUGUAAUCAGUGCUCUCUGGUACAUUAUAGACGGGCGACACAUAUACAAGGGCCCUUUCAUUCCCAACUGAGUGUAAAUGCUCCGAGAUGAUGGUUUGCACAGCUAUUUACAGUAUACAAAUGCGAGGAC